AUGAUGACGGAGACCCUGGACGAGAUCAGUUACGUGCGACUGUUCAUCUACGAGUUGGAGUGCGGUCAAGUGGACAACACCAACAAGCAGCACGUGAACGACGCCAUGUCAUCCUGCCCUGGCGUACUUGUCACAGACGGUAAGUCGGGCUACGACGCGAUCGAGAAGAGUGAGUCAGCUGGUCUCGGACUACGUGACAAGCGGACGAGCAUCGAGUGCUUGGGCAUUCGACAGCAGAAGGAGCAGACGGCCCUCCAGAUACGCUGGGUACACAGCGACGCCAUGUUAGCCGACGGAUUGAGCAAGGAUCGUGCCGCCAAGGUCUUGCUGGAGUUCUUCAGAUCAGGCCAACGCUGGAGACUCGUGGACGACCCACUUCACCGCAGUGCCCGGAAGCGCAAGACCGAGGGCCUGGACAAGCUCGACCAUGGCAAGCCGAUCUCAGACGAUAACGAGGAUGCUAUGCUGGAGGCCCUGAUUUACUACGCCCGCGACAACCCCGACGAGCAGGAGAGCCCUGCUGGAGAUGCUGCCCUGUGGGGCAUGAUUAGGCCGCUCACGCGCUCUGACCAGUUCGUCUGCGUCGCGGGCUUCGCCUACUUCCGCAGCGCCCCUCGUGGGCACGACUGGUCGCUGGAGGGAGAGGGGGACGAGGACGAGGAGCUCACGCGCCAAUGCGCCACGCCUUGCACCGUGGCGCAGUGCCAGCUCUCGCCUCAGACGCAGAUCGCUCUGCGCAAAGCCAGCCGCGAUCGCCCCUCGCAGCUCCGCGCCACUCAGACAGCUCACGGCACCGCCUGCUCAACGCUGGGGUCUGGUAGGGCGUUUUGCCCCUCGGCGUCGCUACUGCGCCGAACGCCGAACGCUUACCUGCUGGCGCGAGUGGGUGCGCUCGCGCCGCUGCGGUUCUGCCUUCAGGCCUUGUGCAAGCUGGGGUUGGAGCCCCUGGCGACGCCCACUGCUUUUCCUUCGGGCCUCGACGGUCUGGCGGGCAGCGCUCUGGUGCCGCCGUCGACCCGACCGUGCGCGACCGCUGCGCUGGUGGGGCUUCCGGCUGUCGGCGGCGCCAUUCACCGGGUCGCCGCUCCCGGGGACUUGUUGCGUGACCGAUAUGCAGGUGCAUUGGCGGGCUGGUUGGUCGAUUGGUUGAUCUGGAGCGGGGGCAGGCCAAAGCGCGCGCGACAGCCUGCAUGCCUGAAGGCCCGGCGGGGCCAGCGGAUCAAGGCCGCUGGUGCGGACCUGGACGAGUACUCUGCCGCGAGCCAUCGAGCUCGGGACAUCGACCUGGUCUACCUGGGACAGUGGUCAACAUCACACUGGCUGCCGGGGACAUGGGCCUUCGGCGACGCCCAGAAGCUGCUCGACCAGAACGAGGUGAUCGACCUUUCGAACGAGUCCCCGCCUACUGGCGAGGACCUGGCCGCUGACGACGGCGAGUCUGUCAGCGCUCGCACCUUCGAGGGCAACGACUGGAAGAGCGACCUCUUCCUGGACCGCGACCUCCAAGGCGACUACGGCAGAAGGGCAAUCCCUGGGCCGAGGCGGCCGAGGUCCAAGACCCUCUCAUACAGCCAGUACAGCCAGAAGCACCACCAGGCAUUCCACAAGAGGAAGGCCACGAAGCUGGAGGCCUUCUCCUACUACCUGCAGGAAGGCAACUUCUACGGGGACUACGCCUACAGCGUCCAGCAGUACGACGAGACGAAGGAGGACGACGAGCUCAUCGUGCUGGACAUCCCCGUCAGCAACGAGCACGCGUUCAUGGCCUACAUGGACAACCCUAGCAAUUUCGUGGCAUCACAGGCCCGGAAGGGCCGAGUGGAGGUUUCUUUCAAGAAGGCGACGCCUGAGGAAAAGAAGCUGCUACUUGAGGCCCAGCAGAAGGAGUGCACCUCGGUCCUCAGCGCGAAGGCUGUCAGGAUCCUCAGCCGCAAGGGGAUCGACCCGGCGCGCCUACUGCGCUGGCGUUUCGUGCUGACCUGGAAGAAGGACGAGCAGGGCAACGUGCUCCGAGGCAAGGCCAGAUUGGUCGUGCUUGGCUUCAGCGACCCCGAUCUACUACACCUACGGACAGAGUCACCAGUUGCCGCAAGACGUGCACGACAACUUCCACUGGCCAUGGCAGCAAGACACAAGUGGAAGCUGGAGAAGGCAGACGCAGUGACAGCUUUCCUCCAGGGCGAGACUGACGAGGAGAAGAGGGAGAUCUACGCCGACCCGCCGAAAGAUGUUCGUCAGGCAUUCGGCAUGAAAUAUGACGAUGUACUACAGUUCCUCAAGCCUAUGUAUGGGUUUGUACAUGCUCCUCGCAAGUGGUGGCUCCAUUUCCAGGACACGCUCAGAACGCUGAAGCUGGAGAUCGUGCAGUGCGAGCCUUGCGUCUGGGUCAUCCGAGACGGCAACCAGAUGGUCGGCAUGGUCAUCCUACACGUCGACGAUAUGAUGAUUGCCGGCGAUCACAACAACUCGGCCUUUCUCAAGAAGCGUCAGGAGAUUCAACAAGCGUUCGAAUGGACACCCUGGGAAAGCCGAGCGUUCGUGCAGUGUGGCAUCAGCAUUCGACAGAACGAGGAUUAUACCUGCAGCCUCGCACAGGACAGCUACAGCCUGAACGUGGAGCCCAUCAAGAUACGACGUGGAAGCAGUACGAGUGCGGAGGUCCAGAUGAUGACGGAGACCCUGGACGAGAUCAGUUACGUGCGACUGUUCAUCUACGAGUUGGAGUGCGGUCAAGUGGACAACACCAACAAGCAGCACGUGAACGACGCCAUGUCAUCCUGCCCUGGCGUACUUGUCACAGACGGUAAGUCGGGCUACGACGCGAUCGAGAAGAGUGAGUCAGCUGGUCUCGGACUACGUGACAAGCGGACGAGCAUCGAGUGCUUGGGCAUUCGACAGCAGAAGGAGCAGACGGCCCUCCAGAUACGCUGGGUACACAGCGACGCCAUGUUAGCCGACGGAUUGAGCAAGGAUCGUGCCGCCAAGGUCUUGCUGGAGUUCUUCAGAUCAGGCCAACGCUGGAGACUCGUGGACGACCCACUUCACCGCAGUGCCCGGAAGCGCAAGACCGAGGGCCUGGACAAGCUCGACCAUGGCAAGCCGAUCUCAGACGAUAACGAGGAUGCUAUGCUGGAGGCCCUGAUUUACUACGCCCGCGACAACCCCGACGAGCAGGAGAGCCCUGCUGGAGAUGCUGCCCUGUGGGGCAUGAUUAGGCCGCUCACGCGCUCUGUGCUUUCUGUGAAUUCAGUUGCCAGAGGCGGGUCUCGAUGCCGUAACAUCGAUCUUUAG